UGGCUUCCCUAGGGGGCCUUGGAACAGCAGUAGGUGAGGAAAAUUUCACAGCAGCAGGAGUAACAGUAACGAGUGGACAGGGCAGCCUCUGCUCAAACUCUGGUCACUUCUUUCAAGACUGAGGGAACAGUGGGAGGAGAAUUGUGGGACUAUCUGCCCCCUCUGGAGGGGUCUAUAAGUGAAAGGGCACUGGUGGGGCACAGAGAUGCAGGACAGAUUGCACAUCCUGGAGGACCUGAAUAUGCUCUACAUUCGGCAGAUGGCACUCAGCCUGGAGGACACAGAGUUGCAGAGGAAGCUAGACCAUGAGAUCCGGAUGAGAGAAGGGGCCUGUAAGCUGUUGGCAGCCUGUUCCCAGCGAGAACAGGCUCUGGAAGCCACCAAGAGCCUGCUUGUGUGCAAUAGCCGCAUCCUCAGCUACAUGGGCGAGCUACAGCGGCGCAAAGAGGCACAGGUGCUGGGGAAGACAGGCCGGCGGCCUUCGGACAGCAGCCCACUUGCUGAGCGCUCUCCCUGCCGAGGCCGCGUCUGCAUCUCUGACCUCCGGAUUCCACUCAUGUGGAAGGACACAGAAUAUUUUAAGAACAAAGGUGACUUGCAUCGCUGGGCUGUGUUCCUGCUGUUGCAGCUAGGGGAAUGCAUUCAGGAUACAGAGAUGAUCCUGGUGGACAGGACACUAACGGACAUCUCCUUUCAGAACAAUGUGCUCUUCACUGAGGUGGGGCCAGACUUUGAACUACGGUUGGAGCUAUAUGGGGCCUGUGUGGAAGAGGAGGGUGCGCUGGCUGGCACCCCCAAGAGGCUUGCCACCAAACUCAGCAGCUCCCUGGGCCGCUCCUCAGGGAGGCGUGUCAGGGCAUCGCUGGACAGUGCAGGGGGUUCAGGAAGCAGCCCCAUCUUGCUCCCUACCCCAGCUGUGGGUGGUCCUCGUUACCACCUCUUGGCUCACACCACACUCACCCUGGCAGCAGUGCAAGAUGGGUUUCGCACACAUGACCUCACCCUUGCCAGUCAUGAGGAGAACCCUGCCUGGCUGCCCCUUUAUGGUAGCGUGUGUUGCCGCCUGGCGGCUCAGCCUCUCUGCAUGACUCAGCCUACUGCAAGUGGUACCCUUAGGGUACAGCAAGCUGGGGAGAUGCAGAACUGGGCACGAGUACAUGGAGUACUGAAAGGCACAAACCUCUGCUGCUACCGCCAACGUGAGGAUGCAGACACUGGGGAAGAGCCACUGUUCACUAUUGCCAUCAACAAGGACACUCGAGUCCGGGCCGGAGAACUGAACAAAGUCCCAGGACAACCCUUUACCCUAAGUGUCAGUAACCGGUAUGGGGAUGAUGAAGUGACACACAUCCUUCAGACACAGAGUCGGGAAGCCCUGCAAAGCUGGAUGGAGGCUCUGUGGCAGCUUUUCUUUGACAUGAGCCAGUGGAAGCAGUGCUGUGAUGAAAUCAUGAAAAUUGAAAUUCCUGCUCCCCGGAAACCACCCCAAGCAUUGGCCAAGCAGGGAUCCUUGUACCAUGAAAUGGCUAUUGAGCCACUGGAUGACAUCGCAGCGGUGACAGACAUCCUGGCUCAGCGGGAGGGAUCAAGGCUGGAGACACCCCCACCCUGGCUAACAAUGUUUACAGACCAGCCUGCCCUGCCUAACCCCUGCUCGCCUGCCUCAGUGGCACCAGCCUCAGCCUGGACCCAUCCUCUGUCCUGGGGGCGACCCCGAACCUUUUCCCUGGAUGCUGUGUCCCCAGACCAUUCCCCUGGGGCUUCUCGCUCGGUUGCCCCUCUCCCUGUGCAGCAAUCCCCACAGUCCAGAAGCUUCUGCAGCAAAGGCCUAGCCCGCACCUGGCUCCAGUCACCAGUGUGAGAUAGAAAGGUCCUGGCAACAGGAUCUUGCCAGAAGAGAAAAUGACUUAUGUGCAACUGGGCUCCGGAUACGGCACCAUCUGUAGCAAGUUGGCCAGCUUGGCCUCCUCUUCCUGUGCUGGACUGGGGAUAGGCUGGGGAGGGGUGCAAAAGCUCCUCUUAAGAUGUGUUUGCC